CCGGAGUGGAUGGCGGCGGCCGUAGUCGGAGCCCCAGCGGCGCUGCCGACACCAAAGCUGAUUCAUUGACAAGACCACAGUCUGAUUCUAAAGAUGUGUUCCACAAACCCAGGCAACUGGGUCACAUUUGAUGAUGGCCCUGCUUUUCAGUCUUCUCAAAAGCCAAAGAAUUUACCUCUGGAGAAUCAAGGCAUUUGUAGGCCAAAUGGACUUAACCUGAACCUCUCUGGUGCUAAGGAAUUCCCCAGUGGCUCUUCCUCUGCCAGCAGCACCCCCCUCUCCUCUCCCAUCAUAGACUUCUACUUCAGUCCGGGACCUCCAAGUAACUCUCCCCUUUCUACACCUACCAAGGACUUCCCAGGUAUUCCUGGCAUCCCCAAAGGAGGGACUCAUGUGCUCUAUCCUAUCCCAGAGUCAUCCUCAAACAGUGCGCUCACCACACCAGGAGCAGGGCCUUCCUUACUGCCCACCAAACCCACAUGCUCAUCCCACACUUCCUUGCCCAGUGACCACUCCUGUACGCAUCCAGCUCCCAAAGUGGAAGAAGUUAGCUCUCCCCAGGCUGAAAGCCUAGGGUUUCAAAGUGACAUUCCCCAGUUUCAGUAUUUUCGGGAGGACUGUGCUUUUUCAAGUCCAUUUUGGAAAGAUGAAGGCGGUACUUCCCAGUUCAGCUUUGACCCUCCAGGAAACAGAAAGAUGUACCUGUCAAGAGACAAAGAGAUGCCUAUCGAUCAAAAAAGCUUAAAUCAGUGUUCACUCAACUAUAUCUGUGAGAAGCUUGAACACCUUCAGUCAGCUGAGAACCAAGACUCAUUUGGAAAUCUGUCUAUGCAGUGUGUGUAUGCUGAAGACACGGCCUCUUUCUUCGUCCCCCACACGCUCUUCAGGAGUCAGCCCAAACCCGGAUGGCCUUUCAUGAUGAGAAUUCCUGAGAAGAAGAACAUGAUGUCUUCCCGUCAGUGGGGACCAAUUUUUCUCAAAGUCCUACCUGGAGGAAUUUUGCAAAUGUAUUAUGAGAAGGGGUUAGAAAAGCCGUUUAAGGAGUUACAGCUCGAUCCACAUUGCAGGCUCUCUGAACCCAAAGUGGAGAAUUUUAGUGUGGCAGGAAAAAUCCAUACUGUGAAGAUUGAACAUGUGUCUUACACAGAAAAAAGGAAAUACCAUUCCAAGACAGAAGUAGUUCAUGAGCCAGACAUUGAGCAGAUGCUGAAGUUAGGGUCCACAGAGCACCGCGAUUUCCUGGACUUCCUGACUACUGUGGAGGAGGAGCUGACAAAGCUGCCAGCUGUUUCAAAACCAAGAAAGAACUACGAGGACCAAGAAAUUUCCCUGGAAAUUGUGGACAACUUUUGGGGCCGAAUCACUAAAGAAGAAGGAAAAUUGGUUGAAAGUGCUGUCAUAACUCAAAUCUAUUGCCUCUGCUUUGUAAAUGGGAACGCAGAAUGCUUUUUAACCUUGAACGACCUUGAACUGCAGAAGCGAAAUGACCGCUAUUUUGAAAAAGACCCAGAAAAGAAGGAGAUUGAUAUUCUUGACCAUCAUUUUCAUAAGUGUGUGAAAGCACAAGAAUUCGAGCAAUCAGGAACCAUUAAGUUUGUGCCGCUGGAUGCCUGCCGGUUUGAACUGAUGCGUUUUAAGACUUUGUAUAACGGGGAAGAUCUUCCGUUUUCCCUGAAGUCUGCAGUGGUUGUCCAGGGGGCGUAUGUGGAGCUUCAGGCCUUUGUCAACAUGGCCCCAUUGGCUCAGAGACCUUCCUCUGCCAGUUCCUUGAGGUCCUGUGACAACAUCAUGAUACACUUUCCUGUCCCAUCACAGUGGAUCAAGGCCUUCUGGACCAUGAACCUUCAGAGGCAGAAGUCCCUGAAAGCCAAAAUGAACCGCCGGGCAUGUCUAGGGAGUUUACAUGAACCGGAAUCUGAACCUGUUAUACAGGUCACUGUGGGGUCAGCAAAAUAUGAGAGUGCCUACCGGGCCGUGGUAUGGAAGAUAGACCGGCUUCCUGAUAAAAAUUCAAGUCCUGAUCAUCCCCAUUGUUUGUCAUACAAACUAGAACUUGGAUCAGACCAAGAAAUUCCCUCUGAUUGGUAUCCGUUUGCUACUAUUCAGUUUGGAAUGCUUGACACCUGUGCCUCGGGGACAGCGGUCAGGUCUCUGGGCGUGGAGAGUGAUUUCCAGCCACAGAAGCAUGUUCAUCAGAAAGCUUGCUACAAUAUUCAGGUUGAAAUAGAAAAGAAGAGGAUUAAAAUCGAUGGAGAAGACCCAGAUAAAGCUGGUGACUGCAUAACUCAGUAGAAGUAGCAAGAGUAAAUGAUGACCCACUUUUCAAAUAUGCAAUUGACAGAAACUACACAAAGAUCUGCUCCGUGUAGUGGAAAUGACUUCUGAAGAGAGGGCUUAGGACAGGUCCAAUGGCCUUGUUUAGAGAAGUUGAGACCUGAAAGUGAACAAUCUAUGUUUUAUGCAUUUGAUAGGUUUGUACUGCAGGGGUUUCAUCUAAAAUAUGUCUAUAGCUUGUACGAUGUCUUUGCUUCCCAUUAAAACUCAAAGUCACUGUUAGUCAAUGUGUUACCAGACAACCAGCUUGGCUAACGGGUUUUGGAGCCCUCAUUAUCAGUGGCUCAUUGUUUUGCACCCCAGAUCACCUGGGUGCCAUAUUUAUUAUCUUCCAGGCCCAUCACUUCUUGCUCUGCUAGCACCUCUACUGGGGGCUGAAGCGAUCAAAGGAGACAUAAAGCAAAAUACUCAGUUUUCCCUCUUGCGCAUCUCUGGAAUGUGGCUAGGUGUAGAAGGGGGCUGAAACCACAGGCUGAAAUGGAGAUGUGGAAGUAUCUGAUUUUGAAUAAUUUAUCUUCCUGUUCUCUUCCUACACUGGUGAGUAAUCAUCGACUGUAUUUGGUACCUGUCUUUCCCCAUGGUGUUAUCAUUUUCAAAAUGUAUCUGCCUUCUGGUGUGUGUUGCAAAGAAACUAUUUCUGUUGAUAUACAUAUUUUAGUACAAGUCACUAAGACAUAUUGCCUUUAGCUUGGAGAGAUUCCUUUCAGAAUGGAAUGGUAUUGGACACUAGUUAAAAUAUUUAUGUAUAUUAGAGAUGAAUUUUUAAAGUUCAUGAAUAUUGUCUCCUGAAAGUACAGACUCUAAGAAUGUAUUUUUGAUAAAGUGUUAUUUGUAAUUAACACAAGCCUCUCUUGAGUAGAAGUCUAAAUCAUAUUAUGAUUAUUUUAUGCCAGUACUGCUAUCAUUGCUAUUUAUGCUAAAUCUGCUAGUUGAGAGUAUUUUUCUUUAAAAGAUGAAGAAAAUGAAAGACACAAGAUUAUUUUACCCAAAUUUUUAAGAGGUGACAUUUCUAUUCUUCAAAGUCAGGUAAAUGCUUGGUUUCUAAUAAAAAGCCAAAGGCAUUAGCAGUUAAAAUUCUGUUUAUAAUUUUCUUUCAAUAUUUACAGUUAAAGGUCAGACUUAAAAUUUAUGAAUUCUAUAUUCUACAUAAUUUUUAGUCUGAAAAAACAAUGCCCUCCAUGUGGUAUUACUACACCUUAAUUUAUAUUGAAUCUUAAAUCUGAUUAGGAGGCAUAUUUCUCUAUUUACCAGAUUUGUUUUGAGUCAAAGCUGAUGAUAUAAUAAUGUUUUUCUAAACAGCAUUUAUUUGUUGGCCCACAGACUUGAUGUCAUAUGUUUUAUUUAAUAUUGUAUUACAUUCAUUUUAAUCUGUUUGAAACAGAUUAAAAACAAACACUUAUGAUAGUCUAUAUCAAUCAGCAGAUUUUAUUGCUCAUCGUUAUUUUACUUUAAAGACAGAGAAUGCAAAAGUUGACUGUUAAAAUGAAUUGGUAUUGUUCUUUUUAACUUCACUUGAUGUAGUGCUCAUAAUGUCAUAUGUUGGAGACUCACUAUUGAUUGCAAAUUUGUAUGUGUGUUAUUAAAAAACGCAAUCCACUA